UGUCUAUCCAUUCAUAACAAGCUUAGAAUAGCAACACGAACAUGGUUGGUACUUCGUAGACGACAGUCGUCACAAAUGACAUCAAAUAGAUAUCCAUGUUGAGCCGUCAUGACAGGCCCCGGGGAGGCCGCCGGUGGCGACCGAUUUGCCAAGUUGUAUCAAGAUUUGGAGCUCAAUGAGCGUCGGAAGGUGUUGAUGGCCCAGAAGUUGAAGGCCAAGCAUUCCAAGAAGCAAUCUCGUCAACUUCGACGCGAGCGAUUCAAGAGCUCGGUGGCACAAUUGGCCAUGACAGUGGCUCAAGUCCACAUUGAAGGGUUGGAGCGGACUCGGAACGAUCUGGUGGUGGGGAUUGUGGAGAAGAUCUUUUAUGGAUCGAAUUACUUGGAGCUGGCUCAGUUGAUCAAGGAAGCUCAACUGGAGUUGAAGCGCUUGGGUUGCUUCCAAAGAGUGGACGUAUCACUGGACAUAAAUGGCCAACGAGCCGAUUGCUUGGACGUGUGUUUCCAGGUCUCGGAGAAGGAUCGACUUGGAUUCGGAUUCGAUUGGCUGACCACCAAUUACAAUGAUACCAAGCUCACCCUCUCCGCGGGCAUGCCCAAUCUAUUGGGGCGGGGCGAGCGACUCCAAUUGAGUCUUUCGAGAACUUGGCUACAAAACUCGGAGCACUCGAUGGAGGUCAUCAUACCCAACCUGGAUUCGGUCCUGGGUCCAUUGACGCUGAUGUCCGGGCUGCAUUAUGAUUUCCAUGGCAUUCCGUGGUGUCAGUUGGAGCGGAGAUUCCUGUACUGGAAUUUCAUUACCAUUCAAAACGCCAUUCCGUGGCUUGAAUCCAAGACAGAACUCCGAAUUGGUGCCCGACGGUUGGGUCCGGCCUCAAGUACCUUGAGUUUUGCCCAUCGGGAAGAGUGCGGUUACAGCUUGCCCAUGAGUCUGGAACAUCAACUCACCGUCGACAGCCGGGAUAAUCGAGUUCUUCCUCGAUCUGGAUGGUUGUUCAAGUGGUGCAAGGAGAUUUUCGGAAGCCCUGGCAAUGUGCAUCUCUUCAAACAUUCCUUGGCAUUCGCCGUGUACGCUCCAUUGUGGAAAAACCUCGUGCUCAGUUGGUCCGGCAAGAUUGGCGCCGCCACGCCUUUGAAUUUAAGGGACAUGUCUGAAAAUCACAUGAACUCCAGCGACUUGUUCACCUUCCAAAAUCCCUUACAAUGCCGUGGUUGGUCCAAUGCCAGUCUGAGAGACGUAAAGUUGUUCCAUGGCUCUCAAUCGCAAGUGUUGGCGAGUUCUAGUCUCAAGAUUUCCUCGCCCAUUCCAAUGUUGAGGGGCACUCAAACAUGGUUGUACAAUAAUGUGCGGACCCAUUUGUUCUUGGAUGUCGGAGCCUUGGGCAAUGUGCACCGACUCCAGCCGGGAUAUUUGUUGUCUGGGAAGUGGAUGGAAUGGACCCAUGCCGGAUUUGGUAUGGGUCUGGUCUUUAAAUUAGGGCAAAUUGGACGUGCCGAGGUGAAUUAUGUGUUCCCUGUCCGUUCAGCGACUAACAUCAGAAGUAGACCCAAUCUCCAGUUCGGGAUGGCAAUAGAUUUUCUCUAAUGGCUUCAGCUUUCGCCACUGAUACUUAUCUAGUCAUGCAAGUAUUAAAAGUAUUAAAAUAAGCUUGCCCACGGA